AUGGCCGGCAACAGGCCUGAAGAGCUGUUCUUCAAGCCAGAAUCGCCUGCUGUGAGCGAGGAGCAGACACCUCAGCCACUGCGAAUUCACAAACACUCGCAAGGCGACGAACUGCCACAACAGCAGCAGUGGGCGCAAUAUCGCGUGCCUCAUUCUAGUUUCGGAGCCCCGCAGUCCCCUCCACCUACCGGUCCCCUACCCCUACCAUACCCCGAUGAGAGAGCCCGACGACAGGGAACACCCGGCUCUCARCAGGACUAUAGAAAGCCACCGAGUUUGACUACUUCCGCGCAAGAGUUGGCAGAAGGGAGUGGCGGGCGGAAAGGCAGCAUGUCAUCUGAGAAUAGCAACAACAGCGCUGGAAGGCGAGCCAGAUUCGACGCAAACGAUCCCAAUAGACCGACGAUUGGAGGAUAUGCCAAUUCUCCAACAUUGGGCUCUUCUUCGAAAUUGGCAGAGCGAAGGGGGACAGCCGCGAAGAACAUAUUUCCUCCCGACUCUCCAGGCGGCCCUGAGCCUCCAUUGAAGAGUGACGACGAUGAUGGCCUGUUUCAAGUCAAGCCGAGUCGAAAGCCUAGUACACCAAGCGAGGAGUAUUCGCAACAGUUUUAUCCACCUCCACUCGGUGCUGCACCGCCAGCAAGUUCAAAUACAAGCCUUCAGCUUCCGGGACAGGGCCACAUGCAUAUCCCUGACCCAGCAGGAAUCAAUCGCUUGAGCAGCACGGCCUCUACAUCAACCACAAGAGCGUCACGAGGUUCACCGCCUCCACCAGAAACUCCAAUCGGGGGAGACGCGCCACCUUCGGGGUUGAGUGGGAUCGAAGCACGGUAUGCUGCGUCUGGAAUUCCGGGUACAGGCACUCUUACUGAGAUGCAAGCUCAAAGUGCGGCAGCAGCAGCCCGUAGAGCCCAGUAUGCUGCACCUCAACCGAGACAAGGAACGUUGAAUGCACAAAGACAGCCGUCAAUGCCACAGUCCGUCUCGAGUGGAAGGUGGAGUCCGACCGAGCAGCCUGGCUCUGAACCUCAUGGACCGCCGAUUGCAUUCCAGGGAAACGAGGAGGUGGAGUCUGCGAAUGGUCAGUCGCAGUCAACAUAUCCAAGACCCCCCCAGCCGUCUGGUAGUCCUAAUCUCGAGGGCGGCAUGAACAGCUUGAACCUUCAUGAAGAGCCGCCUCCAGCAUAUUCACCUCCCACGGCUGGUUCUGUAAACUCUCCCUAWCCCAACGAGAAAGGUCGAUAUGGUAACAACGCCAGUCCAGCAGGCUCUGCUGGAGGACAACGACGGCCGACCGAUCCUUCCCUCCGAGGACAUCCUGCAUUUGCGAACGAUCCACCAGGAUCUUCAAGCUCCCCACAACCAGGUUCCUCACAGUCAAAUGGCGCUCCGCAUGGAAUGUCGCCGAUCAACAUUGGAAUUGCAAAUCAAUCUGCCUCUCCUCAGCCUGGUCCGUCAGGUCCGGCGAGUCCACCACCACUUCCCGAGGGAUGGAUUGCACACCUUGAUAACAACUCGGGUCAGUACUACUACAUCCAUUUGCCGACUCAGUCGACACAAUGGGAGUUUCCUAAAGGUCCUACACCAUUGAAUCUCGAACCUCAAAGUCCUGCUCCUGGUAUUGCAAGCCCUGUUGGGUCGGUGUUUAAGCAACCGCUGGCGUCGCCUGGAUUUCCAGUACAGCAAAUGGCAAAUUACGAUCAUCGAAACAGCAUGUUUGCGAUGAACUCGAUUGCUAGUCCAACCGCUUCUGGAUUCACAGGUCCUCCGCCAAGUGCUGGGAUUGACAUGUACAAGAUCUCGCCCUCGAAUGCCGUCUACUUUGGUCCGUACUUGCGUUAUACCAAUAUGGAUCUCGAGCGAGGGCUGUGGCUUGGAAGUAUUUUGUUAAUCACAGAUGCGGCCACGGCGCCACCCACGAUCCACAUCCACCAGUCGCAAGAUCUCAGCCCGAAUCCUCGUCAACUGAAAGCUCAUCCCAUUCACUCUCACCAACGGUGGAUCUUCUACCGCUACGACGUAGAUCUGCGAAUGGAUGACAAGGCCGCCGCCAAAUGGACGUAUGCCAUCACAUCUCAUCUCGGAUGCACUCGGUAUGAGUUCCUCAUCGCAGGCAGCCAGGAAACUAGCUGGCGAUUCAUUGCUCACUCGGGGAAUGACUUUGCCAUCAAUGUCUCUGCCAAUGAUAGAUCGAAACUUGGCGGACCGUCUGUGAUGUGGAAGGAUGUUCUGGUGAAACACCAAGAAUGUGGCGGGUUCCACGCACAGAUUGGUCUUGGUGGACAAAUAUACGCAGAUCGUCUGUGGAAGGACAUUCCUGCGCUUAAGCAGUGGACACAGAUCCAUGGCAAGGAGAACCGAAAGACGGCGCCAUGGACCGCGAAGAUGGAGGAAGAUGUCACACACGCAUACUUUCACUACUACACUUCGCAUUUCGACCAGCCUGCGGUGAAGGAGGCUUUUGCACAGAUCCCGCACGUCUGCUGUCUGGAUGAUCACGACAUCUUUGAUGGGUACGGUUCCUAUCCGGAAUACAUGCAGGAAAGCCAUAUUUUCAAAAACCUCGGCCGGAUUGGAAUUGAGAUGUACUUGCUAUUCCAGCAUCACACCACGCAUGAGAUCUUGCGGAAUGUCUCGAAUGAUAUUGAUCUCUUCACCAUUACUGGUAAAGGAUGGCACUUUGUCAAGUACCUUGGGCCGAGCGUUGUUAUCGUAGGACCUGACACGCGGAGCGAACGUGGCGAGAGACAAGUCAUGGCUGGACCUACAUAUCAGGGUCUAUUCCCGAAGGUGGCUACGUUGCCGCCUAGUGUGCAGCAUUGUAUCUGGCUCCUGCCGGUUCCCAUCGUUUACCCUCGACUCGAAGGGAUCGAGCAAGUUGCGAGUACAGUUGCAACGGGCAAGAAAGCGGUCACUGGGGGCUUCAACAUGCUUGGCAAGGUCGCAGGAGGCGUAGCUGGUAUUGUCGGCGCCAAAGGUGUCGUUCAUUCUGGAUUCGAUGGAGUCAAAAAGGCAGUAGGGAAAUCUGGUUUGAUGCAGGGUGUGCUGAGUCCGUUUGGAGACAUCGACAUGCUGGAUGAGUUGCGAGAUCUCUGGACGCAUGAUUCCAAGGACCUCGAGCGCACCUAUCUCAUCCGCACCCUUCAAGGCAUCUCCCACAACAAGUCCCUCCGAAUGACUUUCCUCUCCGGCUCCGUCAAUGUCUGUGGCGCCGGUCUCGUGCAUGACCCUUCCCAUCCCUCGGACCACAAAACUAUGUAUCAACUCAUCACCUCCGCAAUCGUCAACGCUCCUUCACCGGGCUAUGUCAUCAAACUCCUGCACAACAACAAAACACUGUAUAUCCCACAAAACGGCCACCGCUCAAAUCCCAAUGCACAAAGCGAUACGAAAGAAGACAUGAUGGAAAUCUUCGCCGCUGAUGUUGAUGGGCGGCCGAGAGAAAUGCGAAGAUUGAUGGGUAGGAGGAAUUAUUUGGCUUGUGUGGCCUACGAUCCUGAGACUGUUCAAGGGGCUUUCGGAGGAAGUAACGGACAGCAACAGGGAGGUGGUGGGGGAAGGUUGAGUCUUGCGGCAGAUUUCAUGGUCCAGAAUGAGGGGAGUUUUGGACAGCCGAUGAAGUAUGGGCCUGUUGUUAUUCCCAGUUUGGAGUAUGGCAGGUAG